ACACCGGAGUCAUUUCAACAGGCUGUUAUUGAAUCGUUUAUUUUAAAGGUGCUUCAGAAAUACGUCAGAGAGCAAAUAGAUGCUUCCCGUAUAUUAAACUGUUAUAUUUGAUUGUACAACAAAACACAUCAAAAUAUAGAAAUCAGGUAUUUCCAAACAUGUAUCAAUUAAAGCAAACUUCUUAUAAGGUCGUUGUGCCAAAAGUAGUUCAGAUAUUGCAGGUAUGCUAUUGGUAUUGGUAAGGUAAAGAAUACUCCAUUUAUCACUAACGAAAUGUUGGUAUCUUGAGUAGAACAAAUACAUCUAAUGACAAAACACCAAAUCUGUACACGAGGAAAUGCUACAAUCUCGGAUUCUGAAAAGUAGAAAAAUGAUCACUUGUAGUUACUGAAAAAUUAUCACUUGUAGUUACUGAAAAAUUAUCACUUGUAAUUACUGGACAGUAGAAAACAGCGUUCGAAAAAAACGCAAAAAUCAGACUCGAUGUUAACAUCAUGUGAUGUAGAAUCUGAAAUAAGAGGUGAAAAUGAAAGUAAAAAGUACAGGAGGCAGGAGACAUUUUAUUUGAUCCGAACAGGAAGAAACGCCAUCAUCCGAGAUUAUUGAGAAACAAACACUGAAAAUGGGAGUUCAAACCAAAGACAUAAAUCUUGUGCUGGUUGGGAGGACUGGAGCUGGGAAGAGUGCCGCAGGAAACACCAUCCUGGGUGAAAAAGUGUUUAAAUCUGAGUUCUUUGGCCGCUCCGUGACGCAGGAGUGUGAGAAGAAAGAGGGGAAUGUCUCUGGGAGGCCCGUGGCUGUGAUCGACACUCCGGGCUUGUUUGACACAAAGCGGUCUGCUGAUGCAGUGGAAGAGGAGAUUAUGAAAUGUCUCCCCCUGUCUGCCCCGGGACUCCGCGCGUUCCUCCUGGUGAUAGAGCUGGGACGAAUGACCGAGGAGGAGAAGGAAACGGUGGAACGAUUGCAGGAGAUGUUUGGUGAGGAAGCUGAGAAGCACACUGUCCUCCUUUUCACCUACGGGGAUAAACUGGAAGACCAGACGAUUGAAGACUUCAUAAAAGACACAGAUGAGGACUUCCAGCAGCUUGUUGAGAAGUUUGGAAACAGAUACCACGUCUUCAACAAUAAGAACAUGAGCGAUCGCACUCAGGUCACAAAGCUACUGCAGAAAAUAGACAGGAUGGUAACAGCAAACAAGAACAUUCAAGUAAAGGAUGCUCCAACGGGACUGCUUUCAAACUGGUCUCCAAGCAACACGCUGAGGAUGGUGCUAGUUGGGAGGACUGGCAAUGGUAAGAGUGCCUCUGGAAACACCAUCCUGGGCAGAAGAGAGUUUAUAUCUUGUGCUGAUGCUGACUCAGUAACCAAGUGGUGUGAGAAGAGAGAAGGGAUGGUGGCUGGGAGACGCGUUGAACUGGUGGACAUGCCAGGCUUGUAUGACACAAAGCGUCCUGUGGAAGAGAUCAGAGAAGUGAUUGCCAAAAGCAUCAUCCUGUCUGCCCCGGGACCCCACGCUUUCCUCCUGGUGAUACAGGUGGGCCGAUUCACAGAGGAAGAGAGGAGAGCAGUGGAGAUCAUCCAGGAGAUCUUUGGGAAGGAUGCAGCAAAAUACACAGUUGUCCUUUUCACCCAUGCAGACAAACUGAACAACCAGAAAAUUGAAACAUUUGUAGGGAAGAACAAGGAGCUCAGGGAGCUGGUUGAGAAGUGUGGAGGGCGCUAUCACACCUUCAAUAACAACAAGAACAAGAGAGAUCGCACCCAGGUCACUGAGCUACUGGAGAAAAUAGAGAGCAUGGUGAAGGAGAACGGAGGAAGCUGCUACACCAACGAGAUGUACCAGAAAGCAGAAGAAGAGAUCAGACGAGAGCAGGAGAGGAUACUGAGAGAGACGGAAGAGGAGGAACGCAAAAAGAAAGAAGAGAAAAAACUAAAGAUAGAGGAAGAGAUGAAACAGAGAGAAAAAGAGCUGGAGGAAAAGAUGAAGAGAGAGCAGGAGAAAGAGAGGAAAAGAAUGGAGGAAGAGUUGAAGAAAGAGCGUGAGGCAAUGAAGAAGAGAGUGCAUGAGGAACAACAAAAGAGAGAGGAGGAGAGGAAAAAGAGAGAAAAGGAGCUGGAGGAAAAGAUGAAGAGUGUGAAGGAGGAAGAGAGGAAAAGAAUGGAAGAAGAGUUGAAGAGAGAGCGUGAGGCAAUGAAGAAGAGAGUGCGUGAGGAACAACAAAAGAGAGAGGAAGAGAGAAGACGGAGAGCGCAGAGCAACAGUUGUCGCAUCACGUGGCACAAGGCUGAUGAAGCCCAGUCCGUUUGCUCGGAGCUGAGGGUGGUGCUGCUCGGAGGGACCGGGGCUGGGAAGAGUGCUUCAGGAAACACCAUCCUGGGCAGAAGGGAGUUCAGGUCAGUGUUUGGAGCCUCCUCAGUAACCAAGACGUGUGAGAAGAGAUCAGAAGCGGUGGAGGGGAGGGACAUUGCUGUGAUCGACACACCAGACCUGUUUGACACAAACCUGUCGGCAUCGGAGGUUGUGAAAUGUGUACAGCUGUCCGCCCCGGGACCCCACGCCUUCCUCCUGGUCAUACCCGUGGGCCGAUUCACAGAGGAAGAGAGGAGAGCCUUGAGGACAAUCCAGGAGCUGUUUGGAGAGGGGGCUUUGAAACACACCGCGGUCCUUUUCACCCGCAGGGACGACCUGGAGAGCAUGACAUUUGAGGAGUUCUUUCGGGACGCUGAUAAAGACCUCAAGCUGCUGGUGGAGAAGUGUGGGGGCCGGUAUCACGCCUUCAACAACAAGAUGAUGAGCGAUCGCACCCAGGUCACCGAGCUGCUGGAGAAGAUCGACAGGAUGGUGGCAGAGAACGGAGGAAGCUGCUACAGGAUUGAGGUAGAAAACACAAGGCAAAAAGAGCCAAUGGAGGAGGCACCACACCGUCCACCCGAGGAAGAAAAGACCCUUGCACUGACUCGGGAGCGCUCCCUGGGUUUUAAAACAGUUCAAUCUUUUCUUGUUCUUUUUCCAGUGUCUGGAAGUGAAGCGGCGGCAGCAUCAGUGGAUAAGAAUCAAGAAGAGGCGGCUGGCAUCCCAGUUAAACAAGACCAAGACUGCUCCACUGAGCUGAGGAUCGUGCUGGUGGGGAAGACCGGGGUUGGGAAGAGCGCCUCAGGAAACACCAUCCUGGGCAGAGAGGAGUUCAGAUCAAGCGUCGGCUUCUCCUCAAUAACAAAGCAGUGUGGGAAGAGAAAGGGAGUCGUCUCUCAAAGAGGCAUUUCUGUGGUCGACACCCCGGGCUUGUUUGACACAAAGCUCGCCGAGAAAGACAUUGCACGCGAAAUUGGAAAAUGUAUUAAUCUGUCCUCCCCGGGACCCCACGCUUUCCUCCUGGUUGUUCAGCUGGGCCGGUUCACGGAGGAAGAGAAGAGAGCAGUCGAGAAAAUCCAGGAGCUUUUUGGCGAGGAAGCUGCCAGCUACACCAUGGUGCUCUUCACCCACGGAGAUGGCGUAAAAGAUGGCAAGACCAUCGAGGAGCACAUGCGGGAAGCAGAUGCGGAGCUCCGGGAGCUGGUGGAGAAGUGUGGGGGCCGCUAUCACACCUUCGACAACAAGAACAUGAGUGAUCGGACCCAGGUCACCGAGCUGCUGGAGAAGAUAGAGGCGAUGGUGUCGGGCAACGGAGGAAGCUGCUACACCAACGAGAUGUACCAGGAGGUGGAAAAAAUGAUCCGAGCAAAAGAAGAGAAACUGAGGAGGCAUUACGAAGAGAAGCUGCGCUUGAAGGAGGAGGAGCUGGAAGCCAAGUACCAGAAGGAAUUGAGCGAGCUGAAGGAGCUGAUGAGAGGGAAGUUUGAGAAGCUGGAGGAAGAGAUGAAACGGCGAGACGAGAAGAUAAAAGAGCUGGAGGAGAAGCACCAGCGGGAGACAGCGGAGUUCAUGAGGUUUUACGAGGAAAAGCUGACAAACGCCAGAGAAGAGGCUGAAAACUCCACCAUCACUUUCCAUUACAUUGUCGGGAUGUGGGACAGUUUUAAAAAGAUGCUCAUUGGACCAUGAGUUUGAAAUAAACUGUAAAAAAAAAAAAAAUAUAUAUAUAUAUAUAUAUAUAUAUAUAUAUAUAUAUAUAUAUAUAUAUAUAAAGUUUGAGAAAAAGGAAAACUGCUGUGUACCUAAAUGAUCAAUAAGAAAAAAGAAAAGGAUAUUUCAGGUAGAAUAAUUGAUUACAAAUCAAUUAUCAGGACGUUUCGGACUAUAAGUCCUUCAUCGCCUGUUUUUUUGUAUUCAGCCGAUGUAUAUAUUAUAAUUAGGGCUGUAUAUAUUUAACAGAUUAAUCAAACAGAGUUGGUCGCAGUUCAUUUUUAUUACAAUUUAUUUGUGCAGAAUUUGAUUUUUUUUCUCUUUGGGCAUUAUAUGGUUAGAGUCCAAAGUAACGAUCUCUCGAGUGGCGCAUCUGGUAAAGGCGCUCCGCGUAGAGUGCAGGAUGCGCCCUAUAGCCUGGAGGUUGUCGGUUCGAGUCCAGGCUAUUCCACGGCCGACUUUGGAUAGCUAUUACAUUUGGUGCUGACUCAGUGACUAUUUACAAGUUUUCUUUUUCUUUUUUGAAAGUGCUUCUCUGUUUUAGAAGCUUAUACAUUUCAAUUUGUUAUGUUCUGACAGUAAAUAAAAUACAAACAUACUACAAAAA